AUGUCUUCUCACAACAUUGUCGUCUUUGCCGGUGACCACUGUGGUCCCGAGGUUGUUGCCGAGGCCAUCAAGGUGCUCAAGACAAUUGAGAGCCACAGCUCCGACUCGGUCAAGUUCAACCUCCAGGACCACCUUCUCGGCGGUUGCUCCAUUAAUGCCUCGGGCGUUCCCUUGACCGACGAGGCUCUCACCGCAGCCAAGAACGCCGAUGCCGUCCUGCUCGGCGCCAUCGGAGGCCCUGAAUGGGGCACUGGCGCCGUACGACCGGAGCAAGGUCUGCUCAAGCUCCGCAAGGAGAUGGGCACCUAUGGUAACCUGCGCCCCUGCAGCUUCGCUUCCGACGCCCUCGUCGACUACUCGCCGCUCAAGGCCGACAUCUGCCGCGGCACCGACUUUACCGUCGUGCGUGAGCUGACGGGUGGUAUCUACUUUGGCGAGCGCAAGGAGGACAAUGGCGACGGCAACGCCUGGGACACUGAGCCCUACAGCCGGGCCGAGGUGGAGCGCAUCACACGUCUGGCCGCCAACCUGGCCCUGGCCCGCGACCCCCCGGCCAAGGUCUGGAGUCUGGACAAGGCCAACGUGCUGGCCACGUCGCGGCUGUGGCGCAAGGUCGUGUCCGAGGUCAUGGCCAACGAGUACCCCCAGCUGCAGCUCGAGCACCAGCUCAUUGACAGCGCCGCCAUGCUCAUGGUCAAGAGCCCGCGCGUGCUCAACGGCGUCGUCGUCACCAGCAACCUGUUUGGUGACAUCAUUAGCGACGAGGCCUCGGUCAUCCCCGGCUCCAUUGGUCUGCUGCCCAGCGCCUCCCUGAGCGGUAUCCCCGACGGCAAGAGCCGGUGCAACGGCAUCUACGAGCCCAUCCACGGCUCCGCCCCCGACAUUUCCGGCAAGGGCGUUGUCAACCCCAUUGGUACCAUCCUGUCCGUCGCCAUGAUGUGCAGAUACUCUCUCCGCCUGCCCAAGGAGGCCACCGCCAUUGAGGAGGCCGUCCGCCGUGUCAUUGACAAUGGUGUCCGAACAAAGGACCUUGGCGGUUCCGCGGGUACCAAGGAGGUCGGUGACGCCAUUGUUGCCGAGCUCGUCAAGGUUCUCAAGGCUUAG